AUGCACUGCGACAAGACGUUUCGGUAUUCCAGCAGAAACGGACCCACGAACCUGGCACGGCACAUAAACAAAACCCAUCGUCUGGGACAGCCCGAAUCGGCCAUCACUCGCCGGCCGUUUGGGGCCGCGCCCAACGAUCUCGUCAAGAACGCUGACACGCAAAGGCCUCGCAUCGCCCAGCCGCAACAGUCGCCGUCGCAGACCAAGGACUCCAGCACAGAGUCCGCUGCCUCGGGUGCUGCUGACAGAACAGGCUCGCUGGAGAUCGGUCUCACCACGCCGACCGACCUGGGACCCGCCGGGUACGCGGCGCCAAACUCGAUGCUCCAGGGCAACGGCAUCAUGGUCAACAACGGCGCGGCGUCGGCCGGCGGUGGCUCCACCUCGUCUGCGUCCUCAAACGGGCACACUGGGUCUCUCUCGGGCCACGACUACUCAGACUCGAUUUCGAGGUCGAUCGCCAUACAGACGCCCCUGUACCGCCUUGCUGUACAGCGCGCAACAGAUGGUGCAGCAAAUCGGGGCCCACCAGCCGCAACUGUACCAGGUCCAGCACGUGCUGCAGACCGUCGUCCAGACACAGCAGGUCCUGUACCAGCAGAUGAGACAGCAGGCCCGCACGGCUGUGCGAAUAGAGCAGAGACUGGCGAGAUCGCUAAACGAGAACAGGGGAACAGGGCUGGAACAGGCGUACGAUCUGAUCCCUUUCGCGAACGGAGUCGACCCGGCAAACGACGAGGCGGGCCUGCCGCUGCUGGUGAACAUCUACGCGCUAUUCAAUUGCACCAACGCCGCGCUCGACCAGUACCUGGUCAACUACGAGCUGCUGGGCAGCCAGGGCUCGGAAGCUAG